AUGUCUAUUUGCUCUUCUGUUACGAGUUUUUGGCAAAGUUUAAUAAAUAAAUGAGCCUCAGAAUCCACUCCCUACAAAAAUUUACUUUAGAGUACUACUGCUUUGAAUCAAAUGAUGUGUUCGAAGAGGCUGGAAAGUCAAAUGAGAAGAAUAAUGACAAAGGAAAGAAAGUUCCAGAGACGAGAGUUGAUAACGAGAAUGAUGAAAUUUUGAAACAAUAUUUAGUUGUGAUGCAAAACAAUAACCAACCAUCGACAGUUAAAGGUAUACAGUCAAAUUCUUUAAUUACAGUAAUCUCGCAUAACUUUUGUCACAAUAUUCCGAAUUUCGUUUCGACGUUUGCAGGUUUGUUGCAAUUAGUUUGAAGUUUGUAAGUUCACAAAACCAGUUUAUAGACUAAGCAUUUGAUUGGCUUCUUGCAAUUCAUGGACCAAUUAGAAGCUUUGUUUACAGACCAGCUUGCGAAUUUCAAUACUCAACUUUUCAACUUCGAAACGGAUUUUGCGAACUUUCGAAUGAAUUUUGGAACAAUUUAGCAAACGUUUAGUGAAAUCAACUGUAACAGACACUUUAUAGUGAAGUCCUCAAAUGACAUGCAAAAAUUUUUUUACUUUCAUGCAGCAGAGACCUCAAACAAGAUUUGAGUUGACCCCCGUAGGUGUAACCUGUUUAGUCUGAUAAACAUCUGACCACUUUGUCUUGGCCAGACAUUUGUCCUUCUAAACAAAAUAAUUAUUUGCAGGCCUAGCUGCCAGGUUUGAAUCUGUAUCUGCAAUUAGUAUCAAUAUUUUUUAAACUAAGAAAAAUAUUGAAUGGCUCCCUUGAAGAUCCUUGCAAGACAGGUGCUCUACAAAAAAUUCUAAUACAAAUUUCUGCUGGAGGUUGCCCCAAAAUUCCAAUUGGAACAAAAUCCAAUAGAAAUUUAAAUUUUCCAAUGCAAUUUAACUUCCAAUGGAAAAAAUCAUUGCAAUGGAAAAUUGACCCAGAUAUUUUCAACUGGGAAUACAAUUCCAAUUGAUAUAAUUAUGAUUUAUGACAUACACUAUCUCAAUGGGAAAUUUAGCUCUGCAUGACUCUGCAAAAUUUCACAGCAGCCCUAUGUGAGUCAUGGCUGAGAUGAAUAAUGUCGCCAAAUGUUUUCUUAAAUUUAACUAGAUCUCGCAACUGAAAAAGAUCUUGAUAUGAAUGAUGGUGAAUAUGCUGACAAUGAACCAGAUGAGACGGUUGAAAAUGAUAUGGAUGAUGACAAUCCCGAAGCAAAUGAGAUGCCUGAGAAAAAUGAUCAUGGCAAACAUGGCUCUGCAGGUGAGAAUAACAAUGACAGUUGCAUAAUAAUCCAGAAUGAAUAUUAUAUGGUGGCAACUGUACAAUGUGUAAACAAGUUGUUGGAACAGCAUUCUCACAACUUGUUAACAAACUUGCUACAAACCUGUUACGAAAAGUCUUGUUGACAAGUUGUUGGAACAGGAUUGUCACAACUUGUUAACAAGCUUGCUACAAACGUGUUGCGAAAAGUCUUCUCGACAAGUUGUUGGAACAGCAUUGUCACAACUUGUUAACAAGCUUGCUGCAAACCUAUUACAAACACAUCUUUUUGAGAAGUUUUUGGAAAGCAUUGUCACAACUUGUUAACAAGCUUGUAGCCUGCAUGGCAGGCGGUACGUAGGAAAUACCGCCUGCCGCAAAACUGGGUGUAAAUGAACUACCGCCCCUGAAGCAUCAAAGCUAUUUAUAGAUGUCAUUAAGUAAAUAUUCAAAAUUAGCCACUCCCAAGUUGCUCCCAAGUCCCAACUGCCCAACAUAAAAUAAAUUCCUUCAUUCUCAUCACCGCCCGACUGAAUUUUAAAAUCCUCGUGAAAAUGUUUUAUAUUUUGUUAUACAAUAUAAAUGUACCGCCCGAAAAAAUAAUUCAAGACAGUUAAUUUUUAAAUAUUUUAUAUAGGGUUUUUAUUGCCAUUUUAAAUUUCCAAUUUGAAACAAACAGAAUUUUGAAUGAAAUUUCAUUGUAUUUUAAAGAAAUUCAGUCAUUCUGUCAUUGUUCGUGGAGAUACGAACUAUUGAUAUAUAAAUUAUAUAAAUAUAAAAUAUAAAAAAUAAAUCUCCCACUGUCUUUGACAUUUCAAAGUGUAGACUGUGUCUAGUGAUGAGAAUCAAGGAAUUUAUUUUAUGUGUAUAAACCAAGCCCGUUUAGCUGCCUUAAAACGGUGGUUUAAUAAGCUCAAAAUACAAAGCAUGCAAGUCUAUACUAUAGAUUCAUCACUAUCAGUCAACAACCAAACUGAAAGUUUUGAACCUUAUAGAACGAUAGUUUUUAUUUGUUUUAUACAACUAUACAUAUUCAACGGGUAUAUAAGAGUUUAACUGUUAUUUGAUAAUUACUGCAUCAACCGGCCCCUACUCCCUAGUUCAUACUUUGGAGGUUCGUAUAUCUAUCAAGUAUCUUUGGUUCAGAACAUGACGAGUAUGACGGGCCUAUAUGAAAAUCCCACCGUUCGAUUCAGUGAAGAAAUAUCUCCUAAUUUCUAUCGAUAGUUUUAGUAAAAUGUCAACAUUAUUGCGAUUUAUGGUCUUUGAAAGUCAAGCGAGAUCGUAUAUUAUCAAAUUAAUACGCAUGUAAUUGUCUGAACGAAAAUAUAGACUAGCCCAUACCUUUCGCUGAUCAUAACUUCAGCCCCUUCGGACGUAUCUUCUUUGUUAAAUAUUCUUGUACGAAUCGCUAUCAAAAACACUACUUAUAGAGUGUUAUUUUUCAGCUUGUAUCUUUAAAUUUGCUUCUUUUAUUUAAUAUGGUAUUCCAUUUCUGGUCUGACUUGACGUGAACUAAUUAGUGAUGGGCGAUACCGAGUACUCGGUAUUCGAUACCAGCGAUACCACAAACAGCGGUAUCGGUAUCGAUUACUGACGUGGUAUCGUUCGAUACUUGCACCCUUUUUUAAACGACUUGUUUAAUUUCACUUCUUGGUUGAAUAAGACUUAAUAAACCACUAAAAUAACUCUUAAUAUUCCAAAUGUGGUGCGCCAACUCAUGUAUAGAAAAUAUUUAUUACGUUUCGGGCUUUUGGUUUACUUAUAGCUUUAUUUAGGUUACAUACAGUAAUGUAAAAUGUUUUUUCCGCUGACCGGCAGGUAUCUAAAGUAGCCGAUACUAGAAAUUUAAGUACUCACUUCCGGUAUCGAAAAUUGAAAUUUUGUGUUCAUUUUGGUAUCGAAAUAGGUAUCGGUAUCGGCCGAUACCGAUCUUAAAAGUAUCGGUAUCGGUAUCGAAUUAAAAAUCCUGGUAUCGCCCAUCACUAGAACUAAUUUCAAAACGUCAAAACAUUUGGUUAAUGAUUAACAUUUAACCGAAUUUAGCCGUUGAUUGACAACUACAUAAAAAUACUAACCAAUCCGUUUUUUCCGUUCACCAGCGGACGGGUAAUUCAAAAACCCCUAGUUUUGCGGCAGACGGUAUUUCCUUUGCUUCCCUAAUUUUUGCUGCCCGUAGAAAUACCACCUGCCAUGCAGGCUAACAAGCUUGCUACAAACGUGCUGCGAAAAGUCUUGUCGACAAGUUGUUAGAACAGCAUUGUCGCAACUUGUUAACAAGCUUGCUACAAAUGUGUUGCGAAAAGUCCUGUCGACAAAUUGUUGGAACAGCAUUGUCACAACUUGUUAACAAGCUUGCUACAAGCCUGUUGAGGAGACAUCUUGUUGACAAGUUGCUGGAACAGCAUUGUCACAACUUGCUAACAAGCUUUCUACAACCCUGUUGAGGAGACAUCGUGUUGACAAGUUGUUGGAACAGCAUUGUCACAACUUGUUAACAAGCUUGCUACAAACCUGUUGAGGAGACAUCGUAUUGACAAGUUGUUGGAACAGCAUUAAUUGUCACAACUUGGUAACAAGCUUGCUACACACCUAUUGCAAACACAUCUUGUUGACAAGUUGUUGAAACAGCAUUGUCACAACUUGUUAACAAGCUUGCUGCAAACCUACUGCAAACACAUCUUUUUGAGAAGUUGUUGGAACAGCGUUGUCACAACUUGUUAACAAGCUUGCUACAAACCUAUUGCAAAGACAUCUUGCUGACAAGUUGUUGGAACAGCAUUGUCACAACUUGUUAACAAGCUUGCUUCAAACCUAUUGUAAACACAUCUUGUUGAGAAGUUGUCAGAACAGCAUUGUCAUAACUUGUCAACAAAUAUCUUGUUGACAAGUUGUUGGAACAGCAUUGUCCCACAACUUGUUAACAAGCUUGCUGCAAACCUAUUGCCAACACAUCUUGUUGACAAGUUGUUGGAACAGCAUUGUCGCAACUUGUUAACAAACUUGCUACAAGCCUGUUGAGGAGACAUCUUGUUGACAAGUUGUUGGAACAGCAUUGUCACAACUUGUUAACAAGUGUGCUACAAACUUAUUGCAAACACUUUUUGUUGAGAAGUUGUUGGAACAGCAUUGUGACGAAUUGUUAACAAGCUUGCUACAAACUUAUUGGAAUCUAUAUUCUUGUUGACAAGUUGUUGCAACAUCAUUGUCACAACUAGUCAUGUCCAAUACCAUGAGAAAAUAUUGGGGAUGAUUGCGACUCUUUAAACACCCCUCGCGCGAGUGUUUGCCAUGAUUGUGUGUGUUAUAAAACUAAAUUUUCCAUUGACAGACGAAAGCAAAGGAAAUAACGAUGAACAGGAUGUUCUCCAUGGCCUGAAGUUUCGUCUGGAUGGUUUCACGGAAGAACAGGAAACUCAACUGCAGGAAGAUAUUGAAACCUAUGGAGGCAAUGUUUUAUCAAAUGAAUCAAAUAUAAUUGCAGAUUUUCUAGUUGCGCCCUUGAAUUAUGAAUACGAAGAGACCAGAGCUAGGAAUGUGGUAAGCAUUGGGAGUUCGCGCGUUGUUGGCAUGGUACAAAACUUACCUACAAUAAGUAGAAUCUUUUUUAUGCAAUUUUUACAGAUACAGAAGUCAAAUUUGCUUGGUUUUCCCCCAACCCUCUAGCCAAGUUUCAAGGCCUGAGAUAUAUUUCGUACACUGCAAAAGUUUAAUAUCAUAUCUUAACCUCCCUAAUGUAAGGAAAACAUAGGGUAUGAAACAGCUGAUCGUUUUAUUAUUGCUGCUAAUUAAAUCUUUCUAUCCGUUUUCUAACUUGUGUUUAGGUGACAUAUUGUUGGUUAGAACGUUGUGUAGAAUGUGGUCAGUUAUUGGACCCAAAUAGCGAGUUUCUCUUCACUCCAUUCUCACUGCCAGAUGAUGUGUUUCCACUGCAAGAUUGCGUCAUUUCUGUUAGUCAGUACGCUGAUGUAGAGAGAGAACACUUGAUGCAUUUGAUAGAAAUUUUAGGUAGGUAAUAAACUGCCCAUACUCAAUCGAGAUAAAUAUUUUGAUUUUAUCCAAAAUACCCGGGUAUUUAAGGUCCAGACACACCGAACGCGAUUCGACAGAUUUUUCGAUUUUCAAUGACCGAUAACUUUGACCCUGGUUUAAAUUUUCCAAAUAUUUAGAAGCGCUAUAACAUUUUGAGUUAUUUGGUCUGGAUAUCUUUUAAAAUUUCCUUCCAUUGGCUGUUUUAUUAACUUUCAAAAAUUGCAAAAUCGCGCCGCAUUGUCGAAUCGACCUUAACGCCUAUAUUCUAAAAGCUCACUCACACUCAAAGAGUGGAAGUUCAAUCUGAGCUUCUCUUGAGUGUUUGUGCUGUUUUUGUAUAGCUGGAGGGUGAGUAGUCACAUAAUGAGGUACGAGACUAAUCCUCCAGCUAUUCAAAAACAGCACUGACAUUCAAGGGAAGCUCAGACUGAACCUCCACUCUUCGAGUGUGAGUGAGCUUUUAGAAUACAGGCGUAAGGCUUACUGAUUCCAACCUCUGUUUCUUUGCUAAUGUUACUCCGGGUGUCUCCACACCGCCCAAGCUGAAAAAUUGCUUGGCCGCGGUGGGAAUCGAACCCGCAACCUUUGGUUUGCUAGUCCAACGUUCUACCGUCUGAGCGAAGAGAUAAGUCAGUUCGAGUAUGUGAUAUGUCAGAACUCAAUCUAGUUCCCUCAAUAUCAACACCAGAACCACCAGACGUUAGAUCACAAGGUAUACUCAGGCACAGAAUAUUAUACACAAGUCCAUCUCCAUUGUUUUUUGCAUAAGCGCUAUUCGUCACUCGGCAAGUACAGUAAACAGAAGAAGUCACCCCCUGGAUGUGUGCUAUUUUGAAUAUUUCCAGGGGGGUGACUGCUUCUGUUUACGGUACUUGCUGAGUGACGAGUCAUGACGAAUAGCGCUUACGCAAAAAAACAGUGGAGAUGUACUUCUGCAUGGUAUUCUGUGACUCAGGUAUCGAAUAUCAUUUAUUCGAACUGACUUGACGUCGUACAGUAGCUCAGUUGGUAGAGCGUUUGACUAGCAAGCCAAAGGGCCACUAAUUUAUCAGUAGCUCACGCUUACUGUCAUGUGUUACCCUCGGUAAAUAAAGUCAAUGAAAUGAAAUGAAAUGAAAGGUUCGAUUCCCACCAUAGUCGAGCAAUUUUUAGCUUGCUGGGUGUAGGGACACUCUAGAGUAACAUCAAGAAAAAAUUAACCACCACAACCACUUCUAUUAUGUUUUCCCAUUUGUAUAGGCGGUUUUUUCCAGGAAUAUUUCUCACGUGCCACUAAAACAAAUCUCCUGGCCAACACUCAUCUUAUUCUUCAAGACCCACUUGGAUCUAAAUACCAAGCUGCUGUAAACUGGGGCAUUCCAGCUGUAAGCACUGAGUGGUUGUACGAAUGUACCCGAACUGGUAACAAGGUCCCUGAAACACCUUAUGUACUGUCAGCUGAGAAAUCUCCUAGGGAGAAGGGUCAAACAGGGAUAGAGAAGGGUGAAACAGGGGUAGAGACGAAACAACAGGCACAGUUAGAGAAUAAGACCAACAGUGUAUUCAAUGAGUUUACUGUGCCUCAAAGAAAAGGCGUCAAGGAAACCGGGGCAGAUAUUGAAAGUCAUCAGGAGACUGGGGAUAAGUCAGAACCACCGUUGAACAAUCAGAAAACAAAAGGUAGGAUGUCAUGUGAUGUUGUAGUGUGACGUCAUCAUUGUAAUUUCAAUUACAAAUUUAGGGUUGAGUUGCAGAAAUUCUGGUCAACAGGCUUUUAAAUUCAUUAUACCUCGUAAGCUAGUAUGAUGGCCUCGUCAAGUAUUUCUUAGUCAUCCAUUAUUAAAAUAUAUAUGCUUUUAUGGCUAAAUAGACUAAUGCUUGCAGUGGCGUAGCCAGCCCGACAAUUGGUCCCGCUAUGCAAAUUCAAAAUUAUUUAUCAUUAUUCAUUUCUUUAGAAAUUGAUUGUUUUCAUAGGCAAUGAACACGAAAAUAUUUGCAUAGCGGGACUAAAUCGUCGGGCUGGCUACCUGCUUGAUGUACCAGGAUGUCCAAAAAUUACAGACGUAGGUUACUGUAAGCUGGACCAUUAUCUGUUCGUUCUUCUCUUCUUUUACUCUUCUUGGUCCGUUAAACCCAUUUCCCACUAGGCGAAUUUGUUUCACGCGAACAGUAAAAAAGUAGGAACUGAUCCAACUUUUUCGCGGCGAAUUUUUCGCUGACCAAUCACAUUGCCAAGAUUUGUUUUUCGCUUCGUGCGAACAAACUCACCUGGUGGAAAAUGGGCUUAAAGCUCAGAGAGGGUUUCGCCGUUGCGACAUCUCUGUUUCCAAAGAUUUCGAUUUGUGGUAUGGCUUCCCUACGUGUUAGGAUCUAUACCAGACUUCUUCUGGCUUUGAGAAGGUCCUUAAAUUUCCUUAGCUGCCCCCAAGCAAAUCCUCGCCGUGCUCUAGUACUGAGUAGAACAGAGCAAUUAAAUAAUAAUAACUUGUUUUAUUAUUUUCUCUCUUACCCUUACAAUACUGUUAUUUAUUGUGCGAAGAUUAUACGUUUUCUACGAAAGAGGUAAUUUUUAAACAAUCGCAAAUUGUGCUUUAUAGACAAAGGAGUGGUGUCGUCCUCGAGCAGACAACCAAUCAUAUUGAAAGUCCCGCCAUUCUUCGGCAAACCUCAGCGCCCUUCAUUUGACUUAACGGAUGCCCUGGAAUACCUUCAAUCACCAUGCACAUCCUCUGGCAGUAGCAGCGCUCACAGUCGCUUGAGCCGAGGUAGCAGGAAUAGCUUUCUUAUGGAUGACUACAUACAGGAACAUUUACAGGCUGCUUUGAAGAAUUCUGGUAAUCUACUUGAGUCUCAUAAGAGUGGUCAUGAUGGAUCUACUGCUGAUAAAGAGAUAUCUACUAUUGAUAAAGAGGGAUCUACUGUUGAUAGAGAGAUAUCUAUUAUUGUCAAAGAGGGAUCGACUGUUGAUAAGGAAGGAUAUAUUGUUGAUAAAGAGGGAUCCACUGUUAAUAAAGAAGGAUCUACUAUUGAUAAAGAAGAUCAUCAGGAGGUGAAUAAACUCUGGUUUAUAUACGAAAGCUAGAUAGCCCUCUUUACCGGAUAGUGAUUUUUUCGUGAUUUCUAAAAACGUCCGUUGAUUGGCAUCAGAUAAACUUUAGUAUUUAUAAAUUAAAGUAUGUUUUUAUUAAAGUGCGACUAACCACAAAUAUGAUUUUUGGUUUGUGUAAUAUUUGGGUCAUUCGAAGGAGAAAUGUAGUAUAUCUUUAUAAUAAAAAAUCCCAUCUUGAUCAACUUUUUCACUGUCAAAGUUUCCGGAUAUGAUGUUAUUAGGUGAAUUGCAAAUUAGUUUUCCCUUGUUUUUUGUACCAAAAAUUCACUUAAUGACAUCAUAUCCAGAAUCUUUGACAGUGAAAAUUUUGAUCAAGAUGAGGUUUUUUACUAUAAAGAUUACAUUUCUUCUUAGAAUGACCCAAAUAUUACACAUACCAAACAUUAUAUUUGGGGUUAGUCGUACUUUAACUGUGAUGUCCAUAUCCGUUGAAUAAAUUCAUAGCAAAAGAUUAACAAACAAAUAUGUGAUUAAUUCUUCUAAGAUAGCUCUAGGUUAAGACAGUUGUUUGUGUUUUUAGGAGAAAGCAUCAAACGACCCUUCUAUCCUUCGUGGUGUUGUACUUGCUGUCUCAAAGAAAUGUGCAAAACAAUUGUCCGAUAUUUCCAACAUGGCGACAUCUGUUGGUGCUCAAUAUAAGGGCAGCUUGGAUAAGAAUUGUACGCAUUACAUUCACGAGGUAUGUUCUUGAUUGUUUUCACAACCCAGGGGUCGAAAUUCACAUUUUUUUGUACCAUACAGCCGGAAUAGUAGAUUUUUAUAUUUACUAUUCCGUCUGAAGAUCCACUAUUCCUUAAUGUACUGUUUCUGAUUUUCAUGAAAUCAUCCUUGAGACUCCUAAAGUGAACAUGUACAGAACAAAAAAUAAACAUGUACACUGCAUUGCUCUGUACAGUGAUGAACAAAUUAUUAAUAAAAAACAAAGUUCAAACACUGAAAUGAACUUGCGAACUUUGUUGUGAAGUUGGCGCCCAAUUUCCGAACUUGGAAACGUAAUUGGCAAGUUCGCAACGAACUUGGGUACCGCGUGUUGACUUGAAAUCGACAAUAAUAUUGCUGCAAAGAAAUUAAAAUACACAAGUACUGCAAGCGAACAAGAACUUAGCUACGAAGUGGAACAGUGGCUCAAAGUCCGGUAUAAAGUGAUAUAUUAUAGGAUCAGAAAAACCCUUGCUUGUCGAUAUUUGGUAUCACAUUGGUACCUACUAUUCCGUCACGCAUUUUAGUAUAUUCGGAAUAGUGGAAUAGCGGGAAUUUCGACCCCUGCAACCCUUAUACAGUACGUUCGGUUAGCGCGUUGUUUGCUGUUCAGUGACAAGUCAGGUGGGCUUAUAAUUUGUUUCAUUUAGGGUCGUCUAACAAAAGACCAAAGAAAAACCAAGGGAGUACAUGUAGUCUCACCUCACUGGCUGUAUGACUGUAUCAAACAACAACGUCGUCUUGAUGAAAGUUUCUAUCCUUCUAACUACAAUCCUAAACUUGCAUUGUCUGUGGUCAAGACAAGGAGAUCUACACGAAGUACUAAAGAUGUUGAGGUAAGUUUAGGAUAGAAAGUGUGGGUGCUAAUCCAUAAUCAUCUCAUCCUCGUUCCCAGGGCUUCUCGGCUACGUCAGGCAACCGAGAAGUCAUGGGAACGAGGACGUAAUCAUCCACUCUUCCAACUGAAUGCUGGAUUGCAAAGGAAGCAGCUCACGCAUGACCGAGCUGACAUUUUACUUGGGCGCUUGUGGCUGCGCCCCAUGUCUGAUCACGGAGUGCAGGUAAGGUGGUUGGGUGGAAAGAGUUCAGCUAAUGUGGAAUUGUUUUGUUCGUGUGGAGCUACUGUGAGGAACACCACUGUCAAACAUCCGCGUGUUUACUGCUUGCACUCGAAAGACUGGAACUAGUAUUGUCUAGCAAAAUGUUUAAAGCAAAUUACGGGAGUUUAAACUCAGUAUAGCUUCGUCUUGACAUGUGGAAAAAGUGGUGACAUUCCCUACAAUACCUUGCUGUGGCCGUUUCCUUAUAGUAAACGGUUGACCACGUUGUUACUAUGAGGUUGGAACAUAGGUUGAAAGAGCGCAGCUAAGGUUGGAAGGACGAGGGAGGAAAACCGUCUGGAGACAAACUUCAAACAAAAGGAGACAAACAACCACAACUCUACUAACACGAGUUUUCGAUCACAUCUGUAUAGUCAUGCAGAACAGGAUAAUUUCCCAUCAAAAUAAUAAUACCUUGCAGUAACUUAGCGUUAAGAGCAGAGCAGGAAUAAAGGAUUUUCUUCCUUCGAGCACAACCUGGAGAAUACAAUUUCCUGCAGACCAACGGAGUAUUUUUGUGCUAAAUCUGCAUGUGCAUAAACAUAUGAUGUUCUAGCUGACCAUGGCUUUAAAUUCAAGGAAUAGUGUUUGUCAACCAUAUGUUGUUGCGCCCAUAGUGGGACAUGGGUGUUAAGGUUUCCUUCAAAUUUUCAAUAGCGAAUCUUCGAUCAAAUGAAUUUCCUGCAGCUGUUUAACAUUUCCUACGAGCAGUGCUCACGUGCUCGCCUAUUUUUUUACCCCUAGGUAAGAGACAGAGUGCUAACCACAUCAGCCAUACAUGCUUCCCAAAGCAAGAUUAGCUAACGCACAAUAGCGAUCACUUUGAAUUACCCACGAUAAUCGAAGUACACUGUAGCAAAAAAGUAGCGAAUAUACGAAAUAAUAGACAAUUUGGAUGUUAGACAAUUUUUGAUCUAGGCAAAAAAAGUGAACUCCCGAAAAGAACUUACUAAAAUUAGUAAAAUUGCAAAAUUUGGUUACGAAAUGGUUUAAAAAUAUGGAAAAUAUAGCCUUGCGGAGUUUGCAUAUUUUGUAUAUGUUUGUAUUACGUGCGGAAAUUGUUACCAUUUCUGAGCCGAAAAUGGUAACAAUUUUCGCGCGUAAUACAAAAUGUGCAAACUUUGCAAGGCUUUAUUUUCCAAGCUUCGCAACAUUUCGCAACCAAAUUUUGCAAUUUUACUAAUUUCAUUAUGUUCUUUUUAGCUGUGGUGUUUGAUUUCCUUCUCUUUACUUAGAUUAAAAUUUAGUCUAACAUGCAAAUUGUCCAUUGCAAUACAGCCUCGUCAUUUUGGUUUAUGAAUUAUAGGAUGAUACAAGUAUUCAUACAUCAAAAUCAAUGACGGAGAAGAUAGACAACACUUCAGCUGAUCCCCGGAAUGAAGAAGAUACCGAUAAAGAACAGGGGGGCGCGUCACCCGAGACCACGACAGAUGAACGUACGAAGGAUUUCCCAAUGGAUGAUCUUAAACAAAGUGAAUUGGAAGCGCUAGAAGCGAUUAGUCAGAGUUCUGUACAAAGUGAUUCGUUGAGAACUAGAGAAGAAAUUAAACAAAUACACGAUCUCAUGGAGUCGAUGAAGGUAAUUAAUGGAUAAUUCAAGCUAUCGACUAAUUUUGUAUCUAGACAAGAAAGACGAAAUCUAUCAUUAUAGCUCAAACGAGAAUCCAAAAAUACAAAACAAUAGAUACUCCGAAAAUUGAAAAUUUUUUUUUCAAUUUUUUUUUUCAUUUCAUGCACCACUUUCGGCUCAAAAGUGGUGCAUUUUUCUGCACGUAAUACUAGAACACUCAAAAUUUGCUAAUUUCACAGGGCUAUAUUUUCUGUAUUUUACAACAUUUCGCAACCAAACUUUGCAAUAUUACUAAUUUUAGGAUGCUCUUUUGAGCUAUAGUGAUAGAUUGCGUCCUUCUUGUCUGCAUCAAAAAUUAAUCUAUAGCUGGAGUCACCUAUUACUCCACCGUGACCGAGUCAAAGAUUACCUAGGGUGUUUCUGCUUAUCACCAUACGACCACUGCAUACGACCCAUUUCUGAUCACGGAGCCUAACUAAGGUGGAAGGGUUAAGGCCGUUUUCAAUUUCAACCGUAUACCGUAACGUGUUGUAGCAUUUUCAUUAGUUCCACUCAUUGAACUAUAAAUAAACUGGAAGGCUAACUCAGGGGGGGGGAAUUGAAGCCAGUGCAUUUUAGUUUUUCUGAGUUAUGAGCAGAAAUACUCAACACUGAACGUUGGACUAUAUAUCAAACUGAAGCUAUUGAAAAACGCUAUUUGGUGUAGAAAUUUCAAGACUUUAGCUAAAAGGGAAAUAUUGAAAAACUACAAACAUAAUUACCGAUAAUUUGCCGUUUUGCAGUUGUUUUUGUAUUUUUUAAAUAUUUUUCUUUUCGCUGAAGUCUUGAAAUUUCCACACCAAAUAGCAAUUUUCAGUAGCUUCAAUUUGAUAUAUAGCCCGACGUUUGGGGUCAAGUAUUUCUGCUCAUAACUCAGAAAAACUAUUUUGGCUUCAUCAAAUCAUAGGCCUUCAUCAUAGCAGUUAGCCUUCCAGUUUAUUUAUAGUUCAAUGGUUCCAUUCCAGUACUCAGGAAACAAAGAAAUACGCUUCGGUGGAAAACGACCUUUACUUUUUGGUAAGAGAGUAGAAGAGAACCUGAGUAGCCGGGAAAAACCCUCGUAGCACUGGAGAAGAUGAGUUUUCAAGCACAGCAAGUCAGAAUACCAUACGUAAAGCGCCACCGGGACACUAACCGCAUUUUCCACGCAGGGUUUACGGUAUAUUUGUAUAAUUCACCUCUGUAUACUGUAUUUGAUACUUAACGUGGCACCGUAUAUGCCCCAUCCCAGCGGGCAAAAUGAUGUUUAUCCAACGUUGAAUCAACGUUGGAAAUAACCUUCCAGACGUUGGAUAGACGUUGAAAAAGGGUUGACUAUGCAAAUGGGAUCGACGUUACUGUUUCGACGUUGAAACAACGUUGAAAUUAGGUUGCCAAUCUCGUCAACCAUAAUUCAACGUUGAAUCCACGUUAAAACAAUGUUGAGAUUGGUUCACAAAUCGACGUCGUACAUUUAACCAUGAAUGAACGUUAAUUCAACGUCUGUUGGCUGCUGUUGAACCAAUGUUUGUAAAACAACGUCAGAGCAACGUAGACAUUAGGUUGUCGACGUCGCAACCUUUUUUCUACCAAAUUUCAACGUUGAAACAACGUCGUGUGCCCGGUGGCCGGUGGGAUGUAUAUGACGUAUUUCUGGUGUUUGAGUAAACUGUAAAGUAGUUAACAUUGCCAUUUGGAUUCUCUGUAUGUUGUUCAAUUGUGUUGCAGACCACACGCCGCCGCAGUAGCAGACUUCAUAAUUCUGGAAAUUCUCGGAACUCAUCUGAGUCGAACGACCCGAAGAAUCCACGCAGACCGUCUUCUCGUCUACGAACUUUACGCUCAAACAAGGUAAUACCAGUUUCAUCCUUAAGUACUGAUGCUUCUCUUCCUUUUUUCCUCAGAAUUUUCCUUUCUCGCUCCCCCCACCUUAAAGACAAUACACGUUUCUUCAACUCAAUAUUCGUUUGCGUUUUUUAAAUUCUGGAUAGCAACAUCCAUGAGGACCUCCUUUCGGUCCUGAAGAGUGCCGGAGUGCCGAAUAAGAACCAGUAAGCUGUUACACUGGGCCUCCAGGACAACAGUUUAGAACUGAUAAACCUCUCCAGUAUAAAUAAAGUUUCUUUAUUAAUGGUUUGGUAAAUACCGAAGUUGCAGCCAGGAUUGCACGAAUAAAGAUUUUGUUAGAAAACUUUAUUAACAAUCUUGUUAAAAUGUAUGACACUGACUAAAAAUGUUAAAAAGACGUUUCUGUCAAAAAUCUCCGACCUUCUUCGGUUAUAUGAGCAACUUAUUAAGGCCUGUUUUAUACGUCGAAUUUUGGUCGCGUCGAAUGCAAUUCAAACAAUAGAUAAUGAAGCUUAAUGAGGUUUAUCAUCUCAUUAUCUAUUGUCUUAAUUGCAUUCGACCCGACCAAAAUUCGACGUAUAAAACAGGCCUUAGUCAGUGUGAAACAUUUUAUCUUGAAUUUGCAACAAUGUACUUUCACAAGAGUUGCUAGGUGCAUGAUUAAUGUACAACCCAAUUGAUAUUGUUUUGCAUUCAGGAUAACAGUGAGGAAGAUGAUGAUAAUGAUCAGACCUUGGAGGGCGAAAUUACAUAUGAUGAUCCAAAAAGCAGAUACGAAAGACAGAAGAUUAUAGCUCAGUUAGAUGACUGUAGUCCUAAUGUAAAUAAAGAGCUUAACCUCAAAAGUAUUGCCGAUAAGCAGGUACGAUAUACACUUUUCUCGCGCUUUUUCGCGUCGCAGUUUCGAGGAAGGACAGAGUGCUACGCCUUUCGGUGACAGGAUGUUUGUCUUUUAUUCUAAACGUACUUUAUCUUAGCUAUGUCCUAAAACUUUACUUCAACUUUAUAGUAUUAAGAUAGUAUCAGCCCAGGUAUGCAACGAUUAUCAUUGGGACAGGCAUUCAGCCAGGCGGCCGUCCAACUGCCCUAUGGACAGCCACUUUUUGAGCGGCCUAAGAAAAUGUUUUCUUAAAACAGCAACUCGCAAGUUGUCUCAAACGUUGUCAGGAAACAUUAAAAUGAGGUUGAGAUAAGAUGAGCUUUUACCAAGGUCAGAUCGAAAGUUCGGUCGACAUUGAGUCAUGAUUGUGGUCAAGUUUGGUAAGAUUAAGAUGGGUUGUUUUAUAUAUGUUUUGCGUUCCUUGCAGGUGAAUAGAUCCACAAGAAAAGACGACUCUCCCUAUCAGAGAUCUGCAAUUAAAAAUGAACCUGUUUCCCCUACCUCGCCUCUUCACUCAUCGACCCCUACUGCACCACCUAUUGCUUUACAUAUUACUUCACGGUCUGAUCUUCCUGAGCCGGUCAGCCUGUUAGAUCCAGCUGAAGAGAUAGUACAAGUUGCGGAAAAACCUCGUCCGAAGUUCAUUCUUUCCACGAUGUCUCAACAAGAGAAGAUUGAUUACGGCGCUUUGAUUGAAGAUCUGGGCGGGGUGGUAUUUGAUUACCAGUUUUUUAACCCUUCAAGUCAAUAUACAAUUGCUGGACAGUUAAACAGGUUUGUCAUUCUUAAAUAGUUUGAUGAUCAUUCAUUCAUUCAGUCAGUCUUUGAAACAAGAAGGAAGUCUCUCUAAAAGAAACUUAAACUAUGAGUUUUUGUUCCAGUCAAAACCAUUAAAAACUAUCAUAUCUCUGGAGGAUGGUUCUGAAAUACACUUAAUACAUUUUGUGUGUGUUUAUGUUAUCUCCUCAGGUGAAUAUGAUAUUUAUGAUUUUACUCUGUUUGUGAGUGUGCAUCCAGAACGGGCAAGCUGAAAAGUUUGCCUGACCACGGUGAAUGCACACUCAGAGUAACAGCACAAACAUCAUAUUCACCUGAAUACAUAACACCAACACACACAAAAAGUAUCAUGUCUUAGAAUACAUUUAUAUCGAAGGAACUAGGCUCAGUUCCGAAAUAUCAUUAUCUCAAAACCUGACCUCGUACAGUUGGUAGAGUAUUGGACUUGUAUCCCAAAGGUCGCGGGUUCGAUUCCCACCCUGGUCAGGCAAACUUUUCAGCUUGCCCGGUGUGUAUGCAGACUAGCUCAGAGUAACAUCACAAACACAUUUGAUAGAUUCUCGUUAAUCCAUGCUGGGAGCUCUCUCAUAAGAUAUCUGGCAAUAAAGAGAACAUUUAGAAGAUGUGAAAGUUUUUGCCGUUACGUUUAUUAUAUUAUUACAAUAUCUGUCACGUUACAUUAUUUUUCUCUAUUUUAGGAAUGAAAAAUGUUUAUCGUCUGUAGCGGCUGGCAACUGGUUAUUACGAAAGUCAUAUUUAGAAGCAUGUCGUAAAGCGGGAUAUUUUGUCGAUGAAGAACCUCAUGAAUGGGGAGUUGAGAUACCUGGAGAAUCUUUGACAAGUUUAGGUGUGGCAUCACGCAAGUGGAGAAUUGAGUUAGCCAAGGUAACAUUUUUACAUGUUUUAAGAAAAGAGAUAAAUGCCUUGAAACCAGAUUGCAUUUAUAGUAGUAAAAUCCCUACAACAUAAUCUUUGAUAAUUAUGAGAUGUUGUUGCAUUUACUAACUCUAUUACUGUGUCUUAAAAUUUGUAAAGUAUUUUUAUAUGUUAAGUAUUUCUAAUUGUUAGUUUAAUAUUUUCGUAAUAUAAGCUUUACCCAUACCUUGUAACUAGGGCAUGCGAAUAAAGCAAUAAAUAGCAAAUAGCUUUGAAAUUUGUGACUUUCCAUAUAUUCAGGGGUGGAAAAAGUAUCCGACCACGGGACCAUUGGUCCCAGAAAAGUUCUUGAGUUCCUAGAAAAUAUUUUCCCAAGAAAGAAAAAAUUUGUAAUAAUUCAGAUAAAAAGGAGAAAUUCAGAGGAAAAUUUAUACCAUGACCUCAGAAAUGCAAUUAUAAGUGCGUCCAUCUUAAUAGACCCAUUGCACUGACGUCGCAAAUCCUUAGAGUGUCCUCCAGAUGCUCCCAAACAAUAUCUGUUCGGGUACAACAACCACAUACAGCGCAAAAACUAACCAUUUUAAUACAAAAUUAUUAUAAACUUUUACAAAAUUUGCUUUGUUCACAAAAGUUAUAUUAUGCAUAGAUUGCUAAUUUGUCCUCCAGAUGCAUCGUCAUCGGCGCAAUGGGUCUAUAGUGCGAUGGGUCUAUAAAUGUAUUACAGAAUGAUGUAACAAUUGUUGUACAAAUGCAUUUUUGGCCAAUCUGGGACACUUGAUGUUCUGGGAGAGCCUGGAUCCACCUGAUAGUGCCCCCUAGUAGUGCCCUUUUUUGGCAUCUGUAUUUACCUUAGGAUCCAACCUUUGAUGCAUGUUAUCUAAAUUAUAGUUUUAUGUUAUGUGCACUGAAAUAUUGUUUUCUGUAAAAUAUGGCAUGGCAUUCAGUUUUACAGCUUGUUGGUGUCACACAGUUACAGUGUCCGAGUGUCGAUUCACUUGAUUAUUUGCAGAAAAUUUUCAAUGUUCUCUUGCGGUCCCAGAAAGUAAAAUAUUUUUCCACCCCUGCAUAUACUGUAUUUGUACCAAACAUUAAGUUGGGAUUAGGAUAGGGUUAGGAUGAUGGCCUGUCUUGCGUGUGCUCUGUUUUGUCCGGAAAAAAUGUCCGACCAAUUGAGCAUUUGGUCGGACAAACUGUAAUUUGGGUUACAUUUUCAUGUCACGCAGUCACGAAAUAUGAUUGGUUAGGAGGUUAGGGUUAGGGAUAGGGAUUGGAUUAGGUUUCGUGAUUGCAUGACAUGAAAAGAUAACCGUAAUUUGGUCGGAAAAUGUACGAUGUCCAACCGUUAUUUCAGACUGUGGUUCUCAGUCAAGUGGAAUAAAAAUUUCCAUAUGAUGGCUUUACCCCACCUGACCGGGAUGGAAUUUUUUUACCGAUUUUGACGUAUACAGGGUGUCCCAAAAAACCCCGAAAACUAUUGAAAUCACCAAUAACAAUUUAAUUGUUAGAAUUUGAAUGCCUUAGCGCUCUGUUGGUUCCCACGAGUGCAUAAAUGAUUGACAUAAGUAAAUUUUAUGCAUAAAGAAACUGUUUAAGAAGCUGUUUUUAAUUCCCAGGAGCAGAAAAUCGCGCACUUUAGCAGGAGAUAUUCGUAACUAAAUUCUAAUACAUGCACCUUGUCAAUUUUUACGCAUCAUUACGUCCAGCUGUUUGGUAGGGCAUUCAAAUUUAACAAUAAGUGAUUUCAAUAGUUUUCGGGGUUUUUUGGGACACCCUGUAGUAUACAUAGUAUUGAAGGCAUACAGUUGAAAAAUAUAAACAAAAAUAUAUACAUCAAUAGACCUAAACAGACAGUGUAAGCCCACAAGAAACGUAUUGUGCUCACUUUUGUUGUAGAAAUCUGCGCUGUAUGAAAGGAAAUUCGGUGCAUUUCAAGACUGGAAAGUAUUGUUGUGUGUUGAAGAGAGUAAAGCUGGAUCGUUUACCAGAAUGUUAGAAGCUGGCGGGGCUAAAGUACUGGGAAGUACACCACCAUUUCAGAACAUCGCUCAUGUUACUCAUGCUUUUAUCAGUAAGUUUAAUAUUCAGGGACAUUUUUAGGAUAAUUAACAAUUAUUCGCCUAAGGCGAGGUGAUUAUCGGUGAAUAAAAACCGAGACAAAGUCGAGGUUUUUGGUCACGAUAAUCACCGAGCCUGAGGUGAAUAAUUGUUUUAGUAUAACUUCAUAGGUGAUUAUUUGGGAAAAAAUAAAAAUACACAUUUCUCAUUUACUUUGACAAAACGGUUUGCCGCCAUUUUGAAAAACUCUUUAUAGGUGAUUAUCGCUUUAUAAUCACCUCUUCAGCAACCAAUCAGCGUGGAGAAUAAUCACCUAUGUAAUUAUACUAAUAUUUAUUAUAAGUAGGUUUUUUCAAGUACGUCUGGAGCAGUUGCGAAAAAUGCAAGUCCGGCACGAAUAUGAUUCCUGCCAGAGGGCCCAUGGUCUAAUAAAUGUAUAAAAUAUACAGUCAAGAUUUCCAUCUAUAAAACCCUUCAACAAUUAGUUCUAUCGAGUGAGAUACCCGAAAUCCUAACAAUCCAUGGGGGCGGUGGGAUAGGCGCUGCACCUCCCCCAAUAUAUUUCCACCUGCCCCAGCACUUCCACCGAAAUCCGGCCUUGAACAAAAUAGGGCUUACUGGGCCGACCGCAGUCGGCUUAGUGGGUUAAUACUACAUGUUGAAUAUCUGAAUAUCCGUGCUUUGUUCCUGCGUUUAUAGGUCCUGGUGCCACCCUUGUUAAUAACAUCGACUUUGAUCGUCUGGAACACGCUGGCAUACUGAUUCUCAGAACUGAUUACAUUGUUGACUACCUGACUGCUGGGAACACCUCGCCAGAUUUAUCGAAAUACUCGUAUCGACCCGCGAGCUCAAACAUGUCUUCCAGGAAACGUAAGCAGCGCGAAUCCAAUUUGCCGGAGACUCCAGGGAAGAAGAAAAGAGAAAAUUAGAGGUAUGGAAUAACUCAUACACACGCAGGAAAGAAUUUACAUACGAAAGUGAAUUCUGUAAAUCGUCUAUUAGCGCCCCCUCCCCCCUUCCCAUCAAAUAUGCUCCCGCCCUCUCCAAUUAAUAAGAGAGCUUAAGCUUCGCGUUAUACGUCAAACGGUAACCGCCAGGCAAAGAAAAAUUUUACGGUAUCAGGCAAUAAAGAGUAAGUGAACGUGCUGUUUUAAAACUGCAAUGCAUGAUUAUUAUUUUGGCACAAGAAAUAAAAUAUGAAACGAAAACGUUCAACGAAAAUUUUGCCAAGAAAAUUCGAACCUCCCGUUUGCCGUUCCCGGAAACGUGAAGCUUAAACUCCCUAAUAACCAACCCCCCACCCCUUACAGGAAAAAUGUUUAAACCUCUGCUCUAACUCUUAAGCACCCCUCACCCUCUGCGUUUUGGUUAAUUAACAUAAGAUCCCCUCUCCAUUCAGCCCCUGUCACUGGAAAUGUUUUUCAAAAUUCUUACUAUGAAAAUAGUAUGGAAAUCCAAUUUUCAUACUGAUUGCAAUUUCCACACUAUGGAUAUAGUCUGAAAAUAGUAUGGAUAUACCAUGGAUUCAGUGAUGCUAUUGCAAGUCCCAUACAGGCACAUUUCCCUAUCUUUUUUCCGGUUUGUCUUCAAUAAAGGCGGCUUAAUAGAGUAUUUACGGUAUAUCACUAUAUUUUUGUAAAUACACAUAUUGCAUAUAUGUUUUUGCUGUUCUCUGCAUCUCUUAGAACCUAUAGUAUGAACAGUUUAAAGCAUGGAAGGAUAAGAUAUGCUAUUUUUAUUUUCUAUUACAGUAGAUAUUGUAUAGUUCUGAGUAUUUUUAACAUUGUACAAGUUCACAUCGUACUGGUCAUUAUCGUCAAUUUGAAAACAAUUCCAAAAAUAUUUUAAAACGACAUGUAAAAAAAUAAAAUUGCACCUUGUAUAAAAAUCCAAUGAUGUUAAAAAUUAUUAAAUGUUUUUUAAAAAUAAUACGUGUUAUACAGUUUUAUGUUUUACAUGCUGUGAUUUUAGUUUUUUUAUUUGAAAGAACGGAGAUAGGAACUUGUUGGACGAAAGACGA